AUGGAGUCGUUGGCCGGGUACGUUUACAAGGCAGCUAGCGAGGGCCGAGUCCUGACACUGGCCGCCCUGUUGCUUAACCACUCCACCUCCGAAACUCACUAUUUGCUAAGCUAUGUAACCCAGCACGCCGGUCAGCGCUCGACUCCCCUCAUUAUCGCUGCUCGUAACGGGCAUGCCAAAGUUGUGAGGCUUCUUCUGGACCACUACCGAGUGGACACCGAACAGACGGGUACCGUCAGAUUCGACGGAUAUGUGAUUGAUGGAGCCACUGCCCUAUGGUGUGCGGCAGGGGCGGGGCACUUUGAAGUGGUCCGCCUCCUGGUGCUGCACAACGCCAACGUGAACCACACCACGGUCACCAACUCCACCCCGCUCCGAGCCGCCUGCUUCGACGGGCGCCUGGACAUCGUGCGCUACCUGGUGGAGCACCACGCCGACAUCGGCAUCGCCAACAAGUACGACAACACCUGCCUGAUGAUCGCCGCCUACAAAGGCCACGGCGACGUGGUGCGCUUCCUGCUGGAGCGGGGGGCCGACCCCAACGCCAGGGCCCACUGCGGAGCCACGGCCCUGCACUUCGCCGCCGAGGCCGGGCACCUGGACAUCGUCAAGGAGCUGGUGCGCGGCCGGGCCUCCAUGGCGGUCAACGGCAACGGCAUGACGCCGCUCAAGGUGGCGGCGGAGAGCUGCAAGGCGGACGUGGUGGAGCUGCUCCUCGCCCACGCCGACUGCGACCCCGCCAGCCGCGUGGAGGCCCUGGAGCUGCUGGGCGCCUCCUUCGCCAACGACCGCGAGAACUACGACAUCCUCAAGACCUACCACUACCUGUACCUGGCCAUGCUGGAGCGGCACAGGGACUCCGGCAACGUGAUGGCCAAGGAGGUGCUGGCGCCCGUGGAGGCGUACGGCGGGCGGGCGGAGUGCCGGACGCCGCAGGAGCUGGAGGCCAUCCGGCAGGACCGCGACGCGCUGCACAUGGAGGGCCUGAUUGUGCGCGAGCGCAUCCUGGGCUCGGACAAUAUCGACGUCUCGCACCCCAUCAUCUACCGCGGCGCCGUCUACGCCGACAACAUGGAGUUCGACCGCUGCAUCCGGCUGUGGCUGCACGCCCUGCGGCUGCGGCAGAGGGGCAACCGCAACACGCACAAGGACCUGCUGCGCUUCGCCCAGGUCUUCUCGCAGAUGAUCCACCUGAGCGAGCCGGUGCGCGCGCGCGACGUGGAGCAGGUGCUGCGCUGCAGCGUGCUGGAGAUCGAGCGCAGCACGUCGCGCGUGAGCGCCGCCCCGGAGCCCGACCUGCACGCCGCCAUGGACAACUACGAGUCCAACCUGUUCACCUUCCUCUACCUGGUGUGCAUCUCCACCAAGACGCAGUGCGGCGAGGACGAGCGCGCGCGCAUCAACAAGCAGAUCUACAACCUGAUCCAGCUGGACCCGCGCUCGCGCGAGGGCUCCUCGCUGCUGCACCUGGCCAUCAGCUCCAGCACGCCCGUGGACGACUUCCACACCAACGACGUGUGCAGCUUCCCCAACUCGCAGGUCACCAAGCUGCUGCUGGACUGCGGCGCCCGCGUCAACGCCGUGGACCACGAGGGCAACAGCCCGCUGCACGUCAUCGUGCAGUACAACCGGCCCAUCAGCGACUUCCUCACGCUGCACGCCAUCAUCAUCAGCCUGGUGGAGGCCGGCGCGCACACGGACAUGACCAACAAGCAGAACAAGACGCCGCUGGACAAGAGCACCACCGGCGUGUCGGAGAUCCUGCUCAAAACUCAGAUGAAGAUGAGCCUCAAGUGCCUGGCGGCACGCGCCGUGCGGCAGCACCACAUCACCUACCGCAACCAGAUCCCCAAAACCCUGGAGGAGUUUGUGGAGCUCCACUGACACACAGCCAAACUUGUUUUUUUUUUUUGUUUUUUUUUAGCAUUUUUUAACGAAUUGAAUGGUGCUGGGGACAAUGCUAUUUGAAUAAAUUCUGAAUGGCGUGAGAUGUUAUGAACGUGGAACGUGACGAAGGGUUUUGUUCCUUCCUGUUGUAAAAUCGAAAGUGUAAGUACCGGCACUUUCUGAAUGGGCGUGUGCUUUUCAGUGCUGGCUCACGUUAGUGUGCUGAGUGGUGUGUGUUAACUCUGAGAGGCAGAGAAGAGGGGGGGAGUGUUGGACUGACUGUAUCAUUUUAACUGUGGCAGGGCAUCCCAAAGAAAUCUCAGUAACAGCUUUAACACCUGAACGAUUGUAACCCAGGCUGGGAAACUGGCACCAGCAGGAAGACAUUCUGUUCCUGGGAGGGCACAUGGGCUUAAAAUUUUUAGCCUCAGCUAUUUUAUACAUUGAGAUACACACCUCGGUGUGUGUUCCGAUCUGUGUUAAUGACAAAGUAACAAACCCAGUGGAAUGAGAGGUUUUCAGCAGGCCCUGUUAGUGUGUGUGUGUGUGUGUGGCAUUGAGACGCUGAGUACAGAGAGAGAUGGUGUGUGAGCUGGGCUGAUUGCCCAUUCUGUAGGAAUGCAGACAGUCCAGUUUAGCAGGGGGAAUCGUUGCUUCAUUCAGAAGGUACUCUAAUCUCAUGAAUGCAGUAUUGUGUUCAUCGUCAUUCUGGUUUGUACACAUUUGCUAUGAACACAGCUGACUUAUGAAGACCGAGAAAUAUUUUUUGUCUUAAUGGUUAUGAGUUUAAAGCUGUGAUCGAUACAUAUUGGCAAGAUUGAGUGAUGUAUGUAUUUUUUAAAAUAUUUUUGUUUUUAGUCUGUUCUGUUGCCAUAAAGAUGUAUAUUUGUGAGUAUUGGAUUAUUUUUGAGAGUAUUGCCAACGGUGAAAACCAGAGUGCUUUAAGGGUUAUAAUCAAAUUUUAUGUUAGAAGAGGCAUUGCUGAUACCAACCAACAUUUGAGACUGAGGAAGAAGUUUUAGACUAAUGCUGGAUUACACUUUAUUCUUACAAUAGGAAUUAUUUCUCAUAAUUACAGAUAUUUUUAAGAUGUUUAUUUAAAACAAAGUUUAAGAAUAUAUUUUUUAAAUCAACUGCAUUCCUGAAAUGCAAAAAAAGGAAAUCUGUGCAGGAGGCCAAGAUUAUUAUUAUUUUUCCGGUAUAUACACGAUGGUGAGAUGUGCCUGUUAUUCUGGCAUUGGAAUGUGCUCUGUUUGUUUUCCCUUUAAUCUUGUACCAUGCAUGUGAGACGUGUGUGGGUGACGCGUCUUGGAACUAUGCUAGAAAUUUCCCGAAUCUGCUCGUGCCCCCCUCUCACUGCUCGUGCCCCCCUGUGGGUGGCCUUAUUCAGGAUGCUGUUUCUGCCACCCGUAGGGAACGUUUGUCUUCCAUCAUCCUUCCUUUAGUCUCCUAGCGGACAGGAGCCUGGCGGUCUGCACAUACCAUGCUGGCCGUCGGGCGUGAAUGUAGGGUCUUUCUGUCCAGGCGGUUCUCAUUCUCACCUGUGUACUCUACUGUCUGGGUUUUUAUGUUGUUUUUUUUUUUAAACUAUUUUUUUUUAACGAAUGAUCAGAUUAAAGGUGGAAAAUGAA